GGGCGUGACCUUGUGCCAACAGGAAGAAGUUACCUGUAGAAUAUUCUAUCCAUUCUCUUCCCAGUCCCGGCAGCUGACCCUAAGAGGGAAGUUACAGAGCUUAAGCGUCUUAGGAAAAGAGGUAAGGGGAAAUGAGACCCGCCCUUCUACACAUACAAGGGGUCCAAGUGCUACUUUUCACCUGCUGAGUCAGAUAACAGCCUACGGGGGCAGGACCAGCAUGAGAAAAGAAAAAGGACAAACGGAGAUACUUAUGCCUUUUCAAGACUGCCUUUGGGACCCAUCAGCAGAUUCCUUUGUGGCGUGUGGAGCACUCAGCCGUGGGAGCAGAGUACUAGGGUGAUUUUCCCACAGAGAAGAAAAGGAGUAUCUACGUUCCCUCAACUUGGGAGUUUUCCCUAACCAAAUAAAUACCCAGCAUCCCAUGGCUUCUGCCAUCUGGGGGACUGCACCCUGGUGGGGACCCCCUCCACCAGCCCCAGCACGGCCUCUCACAGACAUAGACUUCUGUUCUGGGGCGCAACUGCAGGAGCUAACCCAGCUGAUCCAGGAGCUGGGGGUACAGGAGAGCUGGAGCCAAGGCCCCAACCCGGGACCAGACCUCCUCCAGGCCAAAGACUUCAUCUUCUCUUUGCUAGGUCUUGUUCACCAAAGGGACCCCCGCUUUCCUCCCCAGACAGAGCUCUUGCUGCUUCGUGGCGGGAUUCGCGAUGGUUCCCUGGACCUUGGACCUGCACGCCUCGGUCCCUACACCAGGGGACCCCACUACCACACAGGCUUCACACUCCUGGUGCCAGUGUUUUCACUAGAGGGCUCUGGGCAAGAACUGCAGCUGCAAGUUCAGUCCUCUUCAGCAUGGCUCUGCCUCCCAGAGCUGAUUGACGGAACUGCAGUCAGGGAGGCAUGGCAGGAUUGCCUAGGACCCCCAGUCCCAGAAGGAUGUGGUUGUGUUCACAGAACCAAAUGCCAAGGGAAUCCUUUGGAUCUGCAAAGCUCCAUGGAUCAGCCCCAUGAUGAUGUCUCCGAACCGGGCCCACAAGUGGAAAAAUUAACUAGUAACGUUUCAGGGUCAGAGUCCACCCCGCCAUACCAAACAGAUCUGGAUUUUCCCGCUCCAUUGAAAACACUGAAUGAUGAUGUCACCGAAGCAUCCGGCCUUAGCUCUGCCCCACAGCCGUCUGAGGUUCAGGAGGCCUGGCCCACAUUGUGUGCUGCCCAAGUCGCCGCGUGGUUCUUUGCCUCGCUGGCCGCUGUGGCGGAGUCCCUGUUCCCGGUGCGGGGUGCCCCCCGUUUGGUCCACGCAGCACGCUACGCCGGUUUCACUACCGUCCUUCUCGCAACGCCUGGGCCCCCACGUCGCCUACUGCUCUUCGAUCUCAUACCCGUGGUAUCUGUAUCCGGGUGGCCCGAGGGGGCUCGGAGCCACUCAUGGGCCGGCCCGCUGCCCUCGGAGUCGCCGUCCUUUUACCUGGUGCCCGGCGGCCACAUCGAACGGCCGGACGCCUCCGCCUGGCAGCUCUGCUUCGCCCGCCAGGAGCUGGCGCUCAAGGCGCGCAUCCCGGCCCCGCUGCUGCAGGCGCACUCUGCUGCCCAGGCGCUGCUGCGCCCGCUGGUGGCCGGCACCCGGGCCUCGGCGCCCUACCUCCUGCGGACGCUGCUCUACUGGGCGUGCGAACGGCUGCCCGCGCUCUACUUGGCUCGGCCGGAAAAUGCCGGCGCCUGCUGCCUGGGGCUGCUGGAUGAGCUGGGCCGAGCCCUCGAGGCCGGGACGCUGCCGCACUAUUUUCUGAGCGGUCAAAAGCUCCUCGCGGGAGACGGCGCGGCGCUGCUUGCAGCGUUGGCCCGGCUGCGCCGGGACCCUUCCGGGGCCCUGAGAGCCGCCGUGGAAGAAGCCAAGGCUGCGCGCAAGGGGGGCGGCUUAGCUGGUGUGGGAGGAGAGGCCCAGUAAAGACGCUGCUCCUCUGCGAUGCGCGUGAAAAGUGCUUCUCUGGGCCAGAGGGCUGUGGAGGGAACUGUUCGAGGCCCCUCACCCCCGAGACAAGCUGUGUGUUCCUGGGUCCCAGACCCCAAGUUCCCGUUGCAGACUCCUCACCCUCCUUCCGCCCAUUCCCUGGCCCUGGCCCUUCUAUUCCUGCCUCAUUCCAAAUCCCUGGCCAGCACGAUUCCCGCCCUGGGGCAGCCUCUGGCCGCCUUUAUCCAAUCCUCAUGGCCUUGAAGAACAGAGGCUUGGAGACCACGAAAUGACUCACUGAGGGUACCAAAGCCGAGAGACUAAAGAAGCUGAAUUAUGCCAUUAUGCCCCGGG